CCCAUAUAAAUAUAUGGGUGCAGCACCUUUUAGACUCUGCAGGCAGGGGAUGCGCAGACUCUGCGCUCAGAGGAUGCGUGACCUCUGUUAGUUUUGGCUGCGGUCAAGCAGUUUGCCUUACUCGUACAGAGUAUGCGCGCAGACUCGCGUAAUAUGACGCAUAGGCUACACAGACUCUCAAAAGUCUGCGCUUGGCGAACGCAACCAAUAUCGUUGGCCUGCUUCUCGAACCGAGUUCAUUCAUGUUGUGCGUCGAGUCUCAUUUUUGUGGCUUGCAAAACAAGACGGGGCAGAAGCGGCAAGUGACAUUAUAAUUUUAUAUUUUUAAGAAUAACAGUUGUACUAAAUUGCAAUUUAUAAUGGCAGCUUUACGAACAAGGUUCAACUAUUUUAAAACAGGCUGGCAGCUAAUAAAAUCUCCACAUCUGCUUGCAUUAAAUGGACAUUGUAAUGCUUGUAGCCAAAGAUGUAUGUCACUGUCGAAAUGCUGCUGUAAUAAUCGGAAUCCGCCCACUUUUGGCCUGCUGUUUGACAUAGACGGGGUCCUUGUCCGAGGGCGGACUCCAAUUCCAGCAGCAAAAGAGUCCUUCAAGAAAUUAGUGGAUGGAAAUGGGGAGUUCCGGGUGCCAGUGGUGUUCGUCACGAACGCUGGGAAUGGCAUGCGUCAAGCCAAAGCAGAGCAGCUGUCCCAGCUACUGGAAGUAGAGGUGUCCCAGGACCAGGUUAUGCUGUCCCACAGUCCUUUGCGGAUGUUAACCCAGUACCACAAUAAGAAUGUUCUGGUCUCGGGACAGGGACCUGUGGUAGAGGCUGCCCAGAAUAUGGGUUUCCAACACGUGGUAACCAUAGAGAUGCUACGUGAGGCCUACCCCCUGCUAGAUGUGGUGGACCAAAACCGAAGGCCCAAAGAUCAGAUACCUCCAGACAAGGACUUCCCUCGGAUUGAAGCUGUGAUUUUGUUUGGAGAGCCAAUCCGGUGGGAGACCAACCUGCAGCUUAUUGUGGACUUGCUAUUGACCAAUGGGUACCCAGCAAAUCCUGUGAUGUCACCGCCCUACCCUCACAUCCCUGUGCUGGCCUGUAACAUGGACCUCCUCUGGAUGGCAGAGGCAAAGAUACCCAGGUUUGGCCACGGCUCAUUCCUGGUGUGCUUAGAGAGCAUCUAUAAGAAGAUCACAGGCAAGGAGCUGAAAUACGAGGCCCUGAUUGGGAAGCCCAGUUUAAUAACCUACAACUACGCUGAACUGCUUGUGAGGCAACAGGCAAAGAGCAGGGGCUGGUCCAGGCCAAUCCGCAGGCUCUACGCUAUCGGGGAUAACCCCAUGGCAGACAUCUACGGCGCCAAUCUAUAUAACCACUCCCUGCAGUCUGUACAGCGGUCCCGAGUCCAGGCCAAGGUGAAGGCCGGGCAGGUGGUGGAGGAGGAGGAGGAGGAGGGGGGAGAGGCUGGGUCCCCUGCUGGGGAGAUAGUGGAGAGCUGUCAUGCAGAGAGCUGUAGAUCUAUCCUGGUGUGCACAGGUGUGUACAGCCGCCAUGAGGAGCUUCCUUCUGACCCACACGAGAGCGUCACCCAGCGUGUCUUUCACGGACACCGCGACUUCCGCUUUGACCCCAGCCUGGUGGAGGCGUCCUACGUUGUGCAGGACGUUAACGAGGCUGUCGACCUCAUCUUCACCCAGGAGAACUGGCCCUUGAACUAGAUCAGGGCUCCUAAUUGUCAGUGCCUGUAUGCCAUAGGGAGUGGGAGCAUCCAGCUGGUUAUAUAAAACUGCUAAGAAGCCCCUUAUAAAAGUUUUCCAUAGUAAAAGCACAUUAGUGUAAUAAAGCAUAGGUAAGCAUUGUAAAGCACAGAGAUGUAUGGUAAAGCAUAUUAAUAAACCUGGCAAAUCAUGCUAAACUAUAGUUAUUGUAUAGUAUAACCUUGGGAAAACUGCAAAAUUACCAUGAAAAUGUAUUCUGGUAAACUUUUAUAAGAGGCAACCUAACAUAAUAGACCAGGCCUAGAAACACGCAGUAGCCUUGUAACCAGUCUGGGGUUUCAAGUACGUUGUUGAACUAAUCACUAAUCAGGUUAUAUUCUUUGAACUAAUCAGUCUUAUCACAACCAUGAGUGUGCUGAUUUAACUGAGGCCUUGUACACACACAUACUCCGGUUAGCACAACAGCCAUAUUAACAAACUGCACUGGCUGCGGUUGUUUGUUGUACACACACACACGCCUUUCAUUACUGAAGUGAGUCCCUGUUUAAACUAACAGCUGAAUUCUGACCACCAUUACACACACACAGUUGCUGUGCAGUAACAAACCAAACUGAAUUAAUAACCAAACUCACUACUUGUUCUGAACAGGAUUAACUAGUGCGGUUGUCGCUGCCUUUUGCAACCGAACUGUGUGUGUGCUUAAACCGUAUUAAGAGCAAAAGAUAAACUCGCAACCGCAUUUAGCCUGUGUGUACGAGGCUUUGUCAGAGUUGUUCAUACAGCUAUAAAGGAGGAACAAUGUAUUUAACAGCCAGUCCCUGGCUCCUGAUCAUUUUAACAGGGAUCAAGAUUUUAACAGGGCUCUAGUUUUUCUGUUUUGGCUCAUUUUGUGUAAAAACGGGUUACCAAGCAAAAUAAACUAACUCAUUGCUGGCUCUCAUUGGUCAAUGUAUGGUAUGAUCUAACCAAUGGUAUAAGCACAUAUAGCUUGAUACUGCACUGCCAGUUGUAUCGCUCAUUCUUGGGAAAUUGUAGCCUAUUUGCAUGUUGUUACAUUUGUGAAUAAUCAUACAAUGGAAAUAUAACGUUAUUGAGUAAUAGAAAACAAACUUACUAUUUAAGUAAAAUAAUAUUUUUUCUUCAAACUGGGUUAAUUAGUUGAUUUAUUCGGUUAUUCAAAGUGUGUCUCUUAAUCAUGACCGUGUUACAAGAGUUGUGUAGCAGCUAUCUUAGUUUGCUGAUUCAGCUCUUUAAAAAUAUAAAUUUAACCACUAACUUUUCAAAAAUUAAUUUUAUACUGUUAAUGUUUUGAACAAUAUAUUUAAAAUGUUUUCGUUAUUGUAGGGGGGGUUCAUAUUUCCAUGUAAACGCUGUAAUGUCAACAAAUGAACCCGCAGAAUAGUAUGGGAUGCGUUUUUUGACAAGUGUGUAAAAUCUGAUAUACAGCAAAGUUAAAAAAACGCUACCGAAAUGCAUUUUCUGACGUUGCACCGGUGACCAGCUAAAACGACAUUUGUGCUACUUUUCUUUAAAAUAUUAUGGCAUAUUUAUGGGUAUUGUACCAACAAUAAAAGAAAAAAAUGCA